UGGCCCUGGCAAACAUUAAAGGCCAAACCCAGUGUGCUGCUAUCAUAUGUCCAUGUGUCUUGACAAGCGAGGCCUCACAUUGGUUGGGGAAGGUUGAGAUUCCUUUGGCAUUGGGGCUUAGUUCCUUUAAAAAGAACGUUAGUUCGUGUAGUCGUGAGUCGACUGUGUCGAUGGUUUAGAUCCGCUCUGCUGGUGGCUUCGUUGGAGUGUAGCACAGAAUGGAGCUUCCCCAUCUGGAACAUAUGAGGCUCUGCAGUCGUGACAGUGCAGCCUCAGUGCCUCAGUUCUGUAACUCACCUACAAUGAUUGUGAUGGUGGGACUGCCAGCCAGAGGGAAGACAUACAUUUCCAAGAAGCUCACCCGCUACCUGAACUGGAUUGGAGUUCCUACAAAAAUGUUUAACGUAGGCCAGUACCGAAGGGAGGCUGUAAAGAUUUAUAAGAACUUUGAGUUCUUCAAACAGGACAAUGAAGAGGCCAUGAACAUCCGCAAGGCCUGUGCAGCAGCUGCCCUCAAAGACGUCACUGCAUACUUCACAAAGGAACAAGGACAAGUUGCAGUAUUUGAUGCUACCAACACCACCUGCGAGAGGAGGGCAAUCAUUUUGAAUUUUGCUAAGGAGAAGGGCUACAAGGUGUUCUUUGUGGAAUCAAUAUGUGAGGACCCAGAGAUCAUUGCAGAGAAUAUCAAGCAAGUAAAGUUUGGGAGUCCAGAUUAUGUGGAUCGGGAAAUAGAAGAAGCGAUGGAAGACUUUGUCCAGCGUAUUGAGUGUUACAGAGCCAGUUACACGUCUAUUGAUGAUGACAAGGACAGAAAGCUAUCCUACAUCAAGAUAUUUGAUGUGGGCAGCAGAUACCUGGUGAACCAGGUCCAGGACCACAUUCAGAGCAGGAUAGUCUACUACCUCAUGAACAUCCACGUCACACCAAGAUCAAUCUAUCUGACCCGCCAUGGAGAGAGUGAACUCAACCUUUUGGGGCGCAUUGGUGGAGAUUCUGGCCUCUCCCCUAGAGGACAGAAGUAUGCUAACGCCUUGGCAACCUUCAUCAAGAGUCAGAAUAUUAAGGACCUGAAGGUGUGGACGAGCCACAUGAAGAGGACCAUUCAGACUGCAGAGGCUCUGGGAGUCCAGUAUGAACAGUGGAAGGCCCUCAAUGAAAUAGACGCUGGUGUUUGCGAGGAGCUUACCUACGAAGAGAUUCAGAGGGAUUUCCCAUCAGAGUUUGCUCUGAGAGACCAGGACAAAUAUCGCUAUCGUUACCCUAAGGGUGAGUCAUACGAGGACAUGGUCCAUCGGCUAGAGCCAGUUAUCAUGGAGCUCGAGCGACAGGAAAAUGUUCUGGUCAUCUGCCACCAGGCGAUAAUGCGCUGUCUGUUGGCCUACUUCCUUGACAAACCUGGAGAUGAGCUGCCUUAUCUAAGAUGCCCCCUUCACACGGCGCUCAAACUUACGCCAGUCGCCUACGGGUGUAAAGUUGAGCCAUUUUUCCUGAAUAUUGAAGCAGUCAACACACACAGAGAGAGGCCAGUGAACGUCAGCGUCAACAGAAAUCAGGACGAAGCCCUGCAGACUGUCCCGGAUCACAUAUAAAUCAGAAGAGGACUAAUUUUACAUAAAACUUUUCAUUUGCUUUACAAAAUAAUAGAGAGAAACUCCAGUGUUACACACACACACAAACAGGUUUGUGCAGCCAUUCUUCUAAGAACUCUGCAUUAACUUCCAUUGAAUUUGGAGAGUCUAAACAAAUUGCCAUCCCUAACCUUAACCAUAACCAGCUAAGACCUGAUCCUAACCCUAACCUAACUACAAUUCAAAUGUGAGCCCCAACCACUUCCUCAGAAAUGAGGUUCUGUCGUAUUAGGACCAGGUUUUGAUCUCCAUUGGGACGACAGGUCCUGAUAAAGGUAAAUGGUCCUUAAUAGGUAACAAAAACAAGAACACACAGACAUGGUGACUGAAAAUGAUGUAGACAGAGGUUCUUCUUAAAAUGUCUGUAUAUUUUAUCUUAUUACAGAGUUUACAUUUCUCCAUAUAUUUAAAGUGUUACAUUGUUUACAAGAAAAACGGUUGCACUGUGUCCUGAGACUAAAAGAGGAGAGUAAAAGGGAUAAUUGCACAUAAAGUAGCUUUUGCACACGUAACACUUGUUUGUUGUUCAUCAUCUGAUUCGGAGGCUCUGAUUGAUUUCCAGCCAAGGAACCCUACAUAUUAAAAAUAAUAUUCUGGAGCCCCCCUUAUGUAUUUCCCUUUAAAUAAUUUGACGAUAAACUGUAAUCUGACUUAAUUUGAUCAGUGGGUUUCAACUCUGAAACAAGACAACAUCCUCAAAUGUCUUGUUAUGUCCCCAAAAUAAAAAUAUUCAUACUUUACUGUCAUAGAGGAGCAAAGACCUAAAAUCACAUAAUGUGUUUUUAAUUUAUAAAGAACUGAAUCACCGUUUAUCAAAAUGGCGAUUAAUUUAGUCGAUCUGUCUAUUGUCAAUAACCGAGCAAGUAAAACAUUCAGAUUUCAAAAUGAAAAGUCAUUAAUUGUUUCUUGUGGGUUAGGGUAUUUAUUUAUUUAAAAAAAAAAAUCAUCCUAUAUGUCAAAAUGGAUAACUUUUUAUGGACCCCCUGGCAGAGUGGUAUGGACCCCGGACCCCCAUUUGGGAACCACUGAUCAAAUUAUUGGUGCAAGUAUCAGGACCAUGGACAGCACCCAAACAAACAAAUUUUUUUGUUGAGCGUUUGUAAACUUGACUCUUGACUGCACUGUUGGUGCACGGAAACAUAUCCACUUAAUAUGUCAAGUAGGGGUGGCUCAAAAUAUCCAUUUGGUCAUUUAUCGCCGUCCUUCCUUGUGCAAUGCGAUAAUCGAUACGUCGGGGCAAAUAUCGAUAUUUUAAUUAACAAAUGAAGGUGCUCUAAAGUAAACUGUCCCUGCCAGUUUCACGUGCCCGGCGUCGCUACUUGAUUUCUUCUCACGCCAGCGCUGUGCAAGUGAAUGAAUUUGUGUGGAAGUUACCUGGCUGAAGAAAAGGGAGUUUACAGUGGGAUAAUGGUGGAGGAAGCUACGUUAAGAGAUGCCUUAUCCACGUGCAAUACAUAGACUUUAUGCACUUUGUUCUCUAUGUUGUGAAUAAAUAGAGAAAUCCUGCACCUUUAA